GACCUGGAUUACCUCCAGGAGCUCAUAGCCAUCCAGUCGGGAGGUCCGAAGAACAUAGGCUUCUUCGGCACCAGGAACAUGGGUUUCCUGCACCAGGAGCUCGUCGAGAUCCUGUCCUACGCCCUGGUGCUGACGGAGAACCACAUAUUCACCUCGGGCGCCACCGGCACCAACGCCGCGGUGAUCCGCGGCGCCCUUCGCGCCGAGCGACCGGACCUGCUCACCGUGAUCUUACCCCAGAGCCUGGAGAAGCAGCCGGAGGAGUCGCGGGAGCUGCUGGAGCAGGUGGAGAACGUGGUGGAGCGGGGGGAGAAGGAUCACCUGCCGCUGGGCGAGGCGUCGAGGCUGUGCAACGAGGACAUCGUCGGGCGGGUGCAGCAGGUGAUCUGCUUCGCGUUUCACGACUCGAACACGCUGCUCGACACGUGCAUGGAGGCGAAGAUGAGCAAGAAGAUCGUCACCCUCUUCUACCUCGACUGA